GAAGAGCUCACACGACACGUAACUGUAGCGGCACAGAGAGGGAGCGCAUAUAUUGCAUACUAUCUAUAACAAUCCAGCCAUGAGCAACCACUUUCAAUACGGCGAUGAAACUGGCGUCUACACAGAUGCGGAGGCCGACAAGAACUUCGAUUUUGAUGACCAGAGCAUCAGGAAGGGCUUCAUUAGGAAGGUCUACCUUAUUCUGAUGGUACAACUGCUGAUUACUUUUGGUUUUGUCAGCGUGUUCACCUUCUCAAAGGGCACACAGGAAUGGGUCCAGAAGAACCCAUACCUCGUUUGGAUCGCCCUGGUCGUUCUCAUUGUGACUAUGAUCUCCAUGGCCUGCUGCGAGAGCGUUCGUCGGAAAACGCCACUCAACUUUAUAUUCCUGUUCCUGUUCACAAUCGCCGAGUCCUUCCUGCUGGGAAUGGUGGCCGGCCAGUACGAGGCCAAUGAGGUGCUGAUGGCCGUGGGAAUCACGGCAGCCGUGUCCUUGGGCCUCACCAUCUUCGCAUUGCAAACCAAGUGGGACUUCACGAUGUGCGGCGGAGUGCUAGUCGCCUGCCUGGUGGUCUUCAUCAUCUUUGGCAUUAUUGCCAUCUUCAUACCAGGCCAGGUGAUCGGUCUAGUGUACGCCUCGCUGGGUGCCCUGCUCUUCUCCGUGUAUCUGGUGUACGACACGCAGCUGAUGCUGGGCGGCAACCACAAGUACUCCAUCAGUCCCGAGGAGUACAUCUUCGCGGCCCUCAACCUCUACCUGGACAUUGUCAACAUCUUUAUGUACAUACUGACCAUCAUCGGAUUGGCCCGCAGCUAGACGCCUCAGUGACCGUGUGUGCGGCAGUUCCCAUACAAGUUCUAGAAAUAUGUAAUUUAAUUUUAUGUACGCUAUACGAAGAAAUACAGAUUUGACUACUAGCCCA